UAGGAGCCGUUGGAUUGUCAAGUGCUGGUUGCCAUGGGAGUGUUAACAACUGUUGUAUCACGAUUGACGAUGUUACUUCAAAGAUCGCGCAAGCAACAGACGUCGGACGAAACAACCUAGUUCCAAUUAUAAUAUUUAUUUUGCACGCUAGAUAUUCUUGUUCAUGCGAUCUUCUGGUAAUGGAUUUGCCAGCCUCUCGUAGUGACUGGUUGAGGAUCCUCUAUGUGGUGUUUGCGUUCUGCUCUGCCCUCUGUCUUGGUGCCCUCAAAGGUUUACUAGUGGGUCCUAUUGCUGGUCUGAUACUGGUAAUAGGGAAUGUCGGGGUAAUUAUUGGUUUGUUUCCUGCACAUGUUGCCUGGACAGUUUACACCCUUGUAAAGAUUAAUAUAUUUGAUGCACCGCUUAAAGUUGCUCUCCUGGUUGCUUUGCCAGCCUUAUUCGGUUUAUGGUUGGGUCUUAGCAUUGCUGGGAGUGUUCUCGUGGGAGUGGGCUAUGGAUUCUUCACUCCCUGGGUUUCUACUUUUGAAGCAUUCAGACAAGACAAUGAAUCCAAGAAAUUCUUACAUUGUAUUGUGGAUGGAACAUGGGGAACCAUUAAGGGAAGUUGUACUGUAGUCAGAGAUUUUGCAGAUAUAUGUUAUCACUCAUACCCACUUUACAUGAAGGAGUUACGGGAAUCUCCUGCUUCAAAUGAUCUUCGAACUCUUAGGUUAAUUCACAUACCUGCAUGUAUCAUUGCCGGAUUGAUGGGGCUAAUUGUGGACAUUCCUCUUUACACCAUGAUUGCAAUACUAAAGAGUCCAUACAUGUUGUUCAAGGGCUGGUUCCGACUGGUGCAUGAUCUAAUUAGCCGUGAAGGCCCAUUUCUCGAAACAGCUUGCAUCCCCAUUGCUGGUUUGACAAUCCUUUUGUGGCCAAUUGUUGUUGUUGCAAGCAUCUUAUUGGCCGUUUUUUCGAGCUUUUUCAUUGGAUUGUAUGCAUCAGUUAUAGUAUAUCAGGAAAGAUCUUUCCGGAGAGGUGUGGCAUAUGUGAUUGCAAUGGUUGCUGAAUUCGAUGAGUACACGAAUGAUUGGCUCUAUCUUCGAGAGGGGACUAUCCUUCCAAAGCCCUUGUAUCAAAAGAAAUGUGCUGCUCAAUCAUCUGAAUUUUCUUUUAGAGGAAACCAUGUGAAUGGAGGCAAAAUAAGUUCUCUUUCUACAGAAGCACCUGCAAUGCUUAUGCCAAGUCUAGCUCAUUCGAGAUCAGUCAUGGAAGCCAUACAAGAAGUAAAAAUGGUGCAGAUCUGGCAGAGUAUGAUGAGGUAUUGUGAAAUGAGGGGCAAGGACCUUUUGGAUGCUGGUGUAAUUACACCAGCAGAUCUCUAUGAAUGGACGAAGGCAAAGAAUAGUGAUGAAUCAGCCAUUAUUAGCGUUGGCUUGCCUUGUUAUUCUUUCUUGCAGGCUCUUCUCUGCUCCAUCAAAGCCAAUUCUGGUGGUUUACUGCUUGAUGGCGUUGAAGUAACCUACUUCAAUAGACCAAAGGACAAAUUGUUGGACUGGUUUUUUAAUCCUGUAAUGGUCUUAAAGGAACAGAUUAGGGUCAUAAAAUUGGGAGAAGACGAGGUGAACUUCUUGGAGAAAGCGGUGCUAUUUGGAAGUAAUACACAGCCUAUGGAGACAUGGCAAAAUGGCAGUUUGGCACCACAAGAUGCUCUCAGAGCAGCUCAAAUCCGGGGUAUCAGUAGAAGGAUGAUAGGAAUGAUAAGAAGUAUAUCGAAGUUCCCCACUUACAGAAGAAGAUUUCACCAAAUUGUGAAGGUUUUAAUCACAUACUCGCUAGAUAAGGAGCAUUCUAACAGAUCAAUUUCGUUAAGAUCAGUUGCCUCCUUUUAAGAUGUCUAGGAUGAACUUCCAGUAGCUACCUUUUGCUCUUUGUAAAAAUGCUUUCAGUCUGUAAAUUUGUUUACAUUAUUAAAUUGCUGUAAAAAUUUAUUGAGGCUGCAAAACAUUUAAUAUUCAAGCAAGCAUUUCAAACA